GUAGCCUAGUCUAAUCCUAUAGAAAAAAAUGUUGAAAAACCAAAUUCUUCUAGCCCUAGUGUUGUACACCUCACUAUUCCAUUCUCUUCCAAUUUCAAGAAGCCAAAACCAUCCAAUUUUUUCCUUCAACCAACAAAAGAACCAUGAGGGUUCAUCAAACCUCAUAGACCUCAAAUAUCACAUGGGGCCGGUUCUUACAUCCCCUAUCAAUAUUUACAUAAUAUGGUAUGGGAAAUGGGAUCCCAACCAUCAAUCCACCAUAAGGGAUUUUAUUUCUAGUAUUUCUUCGCCGGCCCCAUCUCCCUCGGUGGCCGAGUGGUGGAGCACCGUGACCCUCUACACCGACCAGACUGGCUCCAACGUGACAAAAAACGUGGCCCUGUCAGGCCAGUUCAGCGACCACGCCUACUCCCAUGGAAAAAGCCUGACACGACUAUCUAUGCAGUCCAUCAUCAAGAAUGCUGUCACAUCGAAAAACGGCACGCUCCCCCUCAAUUACAGGAACGGUUUGUACCUGGUGCUGACAUCGCCUGACGUCCAGGUACAGGAUUUCUGCAGGGCGGUGUGCGGGUUCCACUACUUCACGUACGCGUCAGUGGCGGGGGCCACGGUGCCGUACGCGUGGAUAGGCAACAGCGGGGCCCAGUGCCCCGGGAUGUGCGCCUACCCGUUCGCGUGGCCCGGGGGUGGGCUGCCGCCGCCGGCGGGGAGCGGGGUUAUGGGCCCGCCCAAUGGGGACCCCGGGACGGACGGGAUGAUCAGUGUGAUCGCGCACGAGCUUGCUGAGGUGUCGACCAAUCCGCUGAUCAACGCGUGGUACGCGGGGGACGACCCGCUCGCGCCGAACGAGAUAGGGGAUUUUUGUUUGGGUGUGUAUGGGAGUGGAGCUGGUGGAGGCUAUACUGGAAAUGUGGGUAAGGACUCAAAGGGCAAUGGGUUCAAUUUUAAUGGGGUGAAGGGGAGGAAGUACCUUGUGCAGUGGGUGUGGGACCCUGUGAGGGGGAGGUGCUUUGGGCCUAAUGCAUUGGAUUAAAUAAGCUUUGUACAACUUCUGGUAAUCAUUAAUUUUGAAGACAAUUGGUGAUUUUUUUUUUGUACAACUUCUGGUUACAAUUAAGUUUGAUGAGUAUUGGUGA